AUGAUACAGGAUGCUGAAGGAUUUUCUGGUGGCCUCUGGAUCUUAUGGAAGGAUGAGAUUUGUUCUGUUCAACUCAUUGAAAAAAAGAAUCAAUUUAUCCAUGUUAGUUGUAAUCUCAAUUCUGGUUCUUCCUUCUUGUUGACUGUUGUGUAUGCUAGCCCUAGGGAGGAUUUAAGGGAGGCUCUGUGGCUUGAUCUUAUUCGAAUUGCAGGAGAUGUAGUGGGCCCUUGGAUGAUGAUGGGGGAUUUUAAUGAGAUAAUGUCAUUUAAGGAGAAAAAAAGAGGUGCUUCUAUUAAUUUUACUAGAUGCUCCAAGUUCUGUUCUGUGUUAAAUGACUGCAAUGUCAUGGAUAUUGGUUGUAGAGGAGCUAAGUUCACUUGGAGAGGGCCUAAAUGGCUGCAUCUUGAUAGGGUUUUUAAAAGAUUAGACCGGGUGUGUGCUAAUGCAGAGUGGAGGACAGUUUUUGAUGAAGCUUCUGCUCAAACCUUGCCUCGGCUGAACUCGGAUCAUAAUCCUAUUCUCAUCUCUCUCUACCCGAUGGUGAAUAAUUGGAAAGAAAGGCCUUUUAGAUUCAUUGCAGCUUGGCAAGAUCAUAUAACCUUUCCUUAUUUUCUGCAAGAUGUGUGGAGGUCUGAUCUGCAGAUUCAGCAUAGCCUUGUCAAUAUUGUGGAGCCUUUGAAAUCUUGGAACCAAAGAGUUUUUGGCUGCAUAGGGGUGAGGAAGGAUUUUUUAUUGAAAAAACUUCAUGAAAUUCAACUAAAUUCUCCUCAUCUGCCAGAGGAAGAAGUUUUUGAGUUAGAAGCAACUGUGCAAGAGGAGCUGAAUUUGGUUCUGCAUCAAGAGGAAGCCUUAUGGUUCCAGAAAGCCAGAUGUAGAUGGAUUGAAGAUGGUGACCGGAAUACUAAGUUUUAUCAUACCACUACAAUCAUCCGUAGGGCCAGAAACAAAAUCUCAGAGUUAAAAAAUGAUGAAGGUCACUUUGUGCGAGAGGAGAGUAAUCUUCAUAAACUGAUCCAUUCCUUCUUUGCUAAUUUGUUUUCUGAAGAUCGUCCUUGUAGAGAUUGGAUUGCUACUGAGAUUAAUUGGUCAGUAUUAGAGAAGAGUGAAUUGGAAGAGGUGAGUAGGAAGGUUUCAAAUUCAGAGAUCGAAGAUGCUUUCUUCUCUAUGGGUGCUCUGAAAGCACCUGGCCCAGAUGGAUUUCCAGCCUUUUUCUUUCAGAAAAACUGGAAUACUGUGAGUACUCAAAUUUGUGAGUGUGUGAGACAUAUGUGGAGCAAACCGGCUGAUAUCAAAGAGAUCAACAAAACAUUUCUGGUCCUGAUUCCUAAGAUGCAAAAACCAGAAAAAAUCAGUCAAUUUAGGCCCAUUGCUUUAUGUUUUGUUCUUUACAAAGGGAUUAGUAAAUUAAUUGUGAAAAAAUUACAACCUCUUAUGCAAAAGCUCACAUUUCCCUAUCAAGUCAGCUUUGUCCCUGGGAGGCAGAUUCAGGAUAAUAUAAUCAUUGCUCAGGAAAUGAUUCAUUCCAUGAGCAGGAUGAGAGGGAAUAGGGGAUUUUUUGCAAUCAAAAUUGAUCUUGAGAAGGCUUAUGAUCGGUUAUCUUGGAGUUUCAUCAGAAGUGUUCUAACCGAAUUGAAGCUUCCUGUUCAUUUCAUAGAUCUUAUCAUGCAGUGUAUAUCUUCAUCUGAGUUGGAGAUUCUUUGGAAUGGUGCCAAAUCGGGUUCUAUUUUUCCUAGCAGAGGGCUUAGACAAGGGGACCCUAUUUCCCCCUAUAUCUUUGUCCUUUGCAUGGAGAAAUUAUCUCACAUUAUUGCUGAAGCUGUUGAGAGGAGAGCAUGGAGUCCUAUGACAGCAGAGGCAAGUACGGAUCAAAUUGAGGCUGUUAUGAGCUGUCUCAGUCUCUUUAGUGAUAUUUCUGGGCAGAAGGUGAGUAUAUUGAAAUCUAAUAUUUACUUCUCCAAAAAUGUUAUUGUUGAUUUAGCCAAGCUUAUUGUUGAGAAAAGUGGCCUUGUUCAAACGAAAAAUUUGGGUCAUUAUCUUGGGUAUAAGAUGAAGCAUGGUAGACCUCCUUCCUGUAACUAUUGUGAUGAAAUUGAGAAGUCUCAAAGAAGCUUUAUAUGGGGCGAUUCAGAUAGUCAUAGGAGAAACCAUCUGCUGGAUUGGAAGCAUCUGCAAUUACCUAAGUAUAUUGGUGGGCUUGGAAUAAUAAACCUUAGAAGACAGAAUGAGGCAUUCUUUCAUAAAUGUGCUUGGUCUAUCAUCCAUUCUCCUUCACAGUUAUGGUCCCAGGUCAUCAUUUCCAAAUAUGCCAGGAAAAAUAAUUUGCUUAUGGAAGUGGUGUCAAAGCCGUAUGACUCUCAGUUUUGGAGGAGUCUGUGUAAAGUUUGGCCAAAAGUUUUGCAGAAUCUUGUAUGGCAGAUUGGUAAUGGCCCAAAGAUUAGCUUCUGGAGUGAUAACUGGAUUGGUUUAGAUCAUAAUCUUCUCUCCUAUACCAAAUCAGUACCUGCACCUGCUGAUCUGGAUCUGAAAAUUGACAGUGAGGUUUUUUCUUCAAAUGGGAACUGGAACUGUUAUUACCUUAGUAACCAUUUUGAGGAUCAAAUUGUUAAUAGAAUCGUAGCCAUUCCUCCCCCAAUGAAGGAGGAUGAUGAAGACUGCGUGGUUUGGAAGGACUGGAAUCCCAAUGCUUCUCUUGUCAAAUUAGCUUAUAAUAGGCUAAUGGAUUUUCCUGGUCCUACUGGCAGUCAAUACUGGGAUAGAAUUUGGAGUUGGAAAGGUCAAGAAAGAGUGAAAUUCCUACUCUGGAAACUUGUUCAUGGAAGACUGCUAACAAGAGAGCGAGUUGCCAAAUGGGGAAACGUUUCUGAUAGAUGUCUUAACUGUCCAGAUAAUGUGGAAACCUGCAUUCAUGUUUUUAGAGAUUGUCCCAAGGCCAAACUGUUCUGGGCAGUGCCUUUUUUCCAGCCCCUCCCCUCUGGUUUUUUCUCUAUUCCUGAUUUAAAAGAAAUAAGGAGAUGCAUGAAGAGAAUUUUCAUCCUUGGUAAAUUCCUGAUUGAUUAUUUGGAUGAGAUCAAAAGAAGCAGAACAUCUAAAAGUCAAAUUUCCUUUCCUCCCACGUCCCCAACCGAAGUCUUCUCUUGGUCCAAGCCUGCGGAGGGAGUGCUCAAAUUAAAUGUGGAUGGUGCUGUUUCGAGGGAUAGAGCUGCUUGUGGUGGUAUCUUGAGAGAUUAUAAAGGCUGUUGGCAUGGUGGCUUCUCUUGUUUCCUUGGUUCUUGCUCCCCUCUCCAAGCUGAGUUAUGGGCAAUUUUGCAUGGCUUAGAAGUAUCUUGGAAGUAUGGUUGCAGGAAUUUAUUGGUUGAAUCUGACUCUUUACAAGCAAUUAGCUUACUUACCUCUAUUGGUAAUGAUUCUCGAAAGUUGCCGUUGGUAGCUAAGAUUCGAGUAUGGCUCAAGAAAGAUUGGAGGGUGGCCUUGUCUCAUAUAUCUAGAUCAAUUAAUUGUUGUGCAAAUUGGAUUGCUAAGGAGGCUAUUGAAGAUGGAUUUGGGCUGCAAUUGAUCUUCUCACCUCACCCUGAGUUGGCCAAGCUUAUGGAAGCUGAUAACCUUGACUCUGGUUAA